GACUGCCAGUCGCCGCGGCGCGAGGACAGCCAAAGGGCCCUCCCUCCCGGCGCCCGUCUGGACGUAGGAGAGGCGGGCUUCCCCUUCCCGACCCCUUCCCGACCCCGGUGGCUGCGCGGCCACCAGGGGAUUUCUGCGCCGGCGUUCGGGGAUCGCGACUCGCGGAGCCCCUGCCCGGCAGAGCGAGCGGGCGCCGCGCCCCUCCCCGGGGCCAGGCUGCACGGAGGAGGCCCGGCAUGGCGAGAGGCUGGCCCUCCGCGUGGCUGCCGCUGGUGCUGUCGCUGCUGUCGCUGUCCUGGUCACCCUCGGAAGCCGGAACAGAGACAGUCGACGUGCAUGCGCCGGCCCAAGUGCGCGGCCUCUUGGGCGGCAACGUGACGCUGCCGUGCCACCUUCAGCUGCUGGAUCCCAGCGUGCAAGUGACGCAGGUGACGUGGAUGCGGCGGCAGCCGGCGGGGCAGCCUAGCAGCGUGGCCGUCUACCACCCAGCUCGGAGCCCCUGGUACUUUGACCCGGAGCGGGUGCGGUUCGCGGCCGCCAGGUCCCGCAGCGAGCUGCGCGAUGCGUCGCUGGUGGUGUCCCAGUUGCACAUAGAGGAUGAAGCCAACUACACCUGUCAGUUCGCCACCUUCCCGCACGGCAGCAGGAGCGCCAGUACCUGGCUCAGCGUGCUCGCCCGGCCCCAGAACACAGCUGAGGCCCUGAAGGUCCCACCCAGCCUGUUCACCUUGAAGCCUGUGCCCGUGGCCCGCUGCGUGUCCACAGGCGGUCGCCCACCCGCCCGAAUCACCUGGUCCCCACACCUAAAUGAAAUAGUCAACGAGAGCCAGGUGCCGGGGCCCCUGCCCGGCACGUUCACCGUCACCAGCCUCUUGACUGUGGUGCCCUCAAGCCAAGUGGACGGCAAGACUGUCACCUGCGUGGUGGAGCACGAGAGCCUUGAGGAGGCUGACUUGUCCGUGAGCCUCACCGUGUACUACCCCCCCGAGGUCAAUAUCUCUGGCUAUGAUGGCAAUUGGUACCUCGGCCAGAGUGAGGCCAGCCUGACCUGCAAUGUCCGCAGCAAUCCAGCGCCCGUGCACUAUAACUGGAGCACGACCACUGGUCCCCUACCACCUUCUGCUGUGGCCCAGGGCCCCCAGCUCCUCAUCAAUUCUGUGGACAAGUCGAUCAACACAACUUUCAUCUGCACUGUCACCAAUGCCGUAGGGACCCACCAGGGGGAACUGACCAUCGUGCUCAAUGAGCGGUCAGACUCAGGCAGUUCCCAUGUGCCCAUCAUCAUCAUCUCUGUGACUUUGGGAAUCCUGGGGCUUGUUGCACUGUUUGGUUACUGCCGGUUAAGAUCAACCCGUCCGGAGGGUGGCAGCCCCACGGCUAACGGGAUCAUCUACUCAUCUGUGAGCACUGAAGGCAGCUCUCCCCAGGAUACACAGAGAGGGGGCGCAAGGUGACAGCAUCGGGACUGAAUGGGAGAGAGGCUGGAGCUGACGAGGACGUGUGUCUCCCUAGCUGGACCCCACCCCAAUGGAUGAAGACCCCCUCCAAAGAGACCGGCCACCCUCCCCCGUGCCAGACCUCACAACAGUGUGGGCUGGUGCAAGUUCAGAGGUCUCCAAGACCACCCUCAGGUUCAGUCAUGCACAAGAAGGACUCACCGACCUGGCGGGGUGGCAGGGCCCGGGAUUCAAGGGGUGAUGAGGCCAGAGAGGCUGCGCGGAGUCGGGUGGGCAAAGGGAGAUCGGUUAUUGUGAUGAACAUUGUCUGUCGCCAGCCACCAGCCUGUUGGUCACACUACUGAAGCCUAUUUAUUUAUUAUGCCUCGUGUGGCUGUGUGCAAUGGGGUCUCUGGUGGAAAUUAAGGAGAGACCCAGUUUUAUGUGAACUGUCACCAUGCGGGACGGAACCAGAAGUGUGGAGACAAGACCCCAAGUCAAGGAGAUCACGAGGGCACAAGUCCCAGAUAUUGUCAGACACCAUGGUGAGAGCUCAUCCCUCCCCCUCCCUCCCUCUCUCUCUCUCUCUCUCUCUCUCUCUCUCUCUCUCUCAUUGUUUAAUUAGACAGUACAUAAACAUCCCCAAAUUAAGUUAUAAAAAGACAUCAAGGAUCCAUUUUAAGUUAACUGGUGUGCAGGGUGUAAGCUAAGGGUCCAGCUUUCGCUCUUGCAUGUGGAUAUCCAGUUUUACACAACAUGGUGAAUGCAUUUAAUGCCACUGAAUUGUACACAUAAAAUGGCUAAAAUAGCAACUUUUACGCUAUCUCUGUUUUACCACAAUUUUUUAAAAGAUGAAUCAUGUCCCAUGCCAAAAUUCGUUGGAACAGCACCCCUUGGGUAGGCGAACUGUAUCCCACCAACUUACUCUCUCGCUGUGCUGGAGGUCAGAGGUCUCAAGUGAGGGCUAAACUCAGGGUGUGCGCAGGGCCGCGCUCCUUUCUGGAGGCUGCAGGGGGGAACCCGUAUCCUUGCCUCCCCAGCUUCUAGAAGCCACUGCAGUCCUCAGCUCGUGGUCCCUGUCAUGUCACUUUCUUCCUCCUCUGACCUUUUUGCCUUCCUCUUACAAGGACCCUGUGAUUGCAUUGAGGAUCAUCUCCCAUCUCCAGAUCUUUAAUCACACCUGCAGAGUCCCUUCUCAGGGACUAGCACCUGGAUAUUCUGGGGGACUCAUUAUUCUGCCUACCACUCCACCCUGGGUCCCUCCUGCACCACAGAUAAAUUGUGGCAGUAUUUUCUGAUGAGUUUAUUCACGUACAGAUAGCAAAUAAAUAUAUUUUCUCUUUUC